AUGCCUGAAAAACUCGAGAAAAACGGAACUCGAUCGAAAAAACAGAAAUCGUCUUUUUCUUCUCAAUUUAUUCUUGGCGCUGCAAUGGAUGAUGAUCAAUUGCGAACUCUUUUUUCCUCGUUGACCGUACUCGCUCAACAAGGGCCAAUUCCAGUGCAAGCCUAUUCAAUGGUUGUGAGAAAUACAUCACCAGAAACCCUUGCAGAGCAACUUCAUCAAAGAUGGUUGGCUGAUUCAAAAUUUGCCCCAAUUGCCGCUGAUAUUAUACUACAUAUUUUCAACUUAGAUCGAGGGGAUUUUGGAUUAGCAUCUUGUUGUCUUGCUUUACUAUUGAAUGAUUAUCGAAAUCGUCUCGAAGUUCGCAACAAAAGCAAGCUCAUGUUUCGCAAUUCGGUUAGAGCACUUUUUGGCCUUUACCCGGUUUAUAUGAAGAUGGACGAAUGUGUCGCAAAAUCUUUCAUCAAACCAAUGUUCAAUUGCCUUGACACACUUGUUGACAAUAAUCCCGAUCGAGAAGAUGCAAAGACAAUGGGUUUGCUUUUGUCAGAGAAUGGACGAACACUCCAUCAGCUCAAUCAAUAUCUCGUUGAUCGAUUGAUUGUCAAAGUUCGAGAUCAAAUGUGUAGCGAUGAACCAUUUAUGAAUUCGGAAAUACGAAGAAUAUUUCUACAUGUGAUGGAUUUAUGGGCAUUCGGUUGGAAUGAAUUAGCCAUUCCUGAUUGUCUUCUCAUUGAAUAUGAUGCUCCACCACAAAAAGCACAACUUAUUACACGAAAACAAACCAUUCCAAUAGUUCAUGCGCCUCGAAAAGGAAUUUUAAAAGAGAGAAAAGACGACAUUCAAAAAGUGGAAUUUGGCAGUAAAGAGAGCAUCGUU